CUCUCCUGCUCGCUCACUCUCCCACCUUAUCAACACCCAAGCCCCAAUCCAUGGCGGCUGCCACCGCCUUCCUCCCUUCCCUCUCCUGCCAUGUCCACACCAUCUUCUCCACCAAGCCUCAGACCUUGGCUCUCGUUUCCUCCCCCCUUUCCUCAUCCCAACCGAUAUCAGUCGCCCGUAUCAAAAUAGCCUCUUUUCCUUCUUAUACCUUGCUUCGUCUUCUGAGAAAGGAGCCGACUUUGGGCUCAGGGAUCAUCCCCAAGGUCGCGGUGUCGUCGGAUUUGGAUAAAGAAGAGGAUUAUGAGUUUUCGGAUGGGCAGGCGGGGUUCUCGCCUGAUUUGAAGCUCUUUGUUGGGAACCUCCCGUUCAGCGUCGAUAGUUCCCAGCUUGCUGGUCUCUUUCAGCAGGCUGGAAAUGUUGAGAUGGUUGAGGUUAUAUAUGACAAGAUAUCUGGAAAGAGCAGAGGAUUUGGGUUCGUGACCAUGUCUACCAUCGAGGAGGUUGAAAUAGCUGCUCAACAAUUCAAUGGUUAUACACUUGAAGGGAGGUCAUUGAGGGUGAACUCAGGACCACCUCCUCGAAGAGAUGAAUUCCCAUCUAAAGGAUUCCGAGCUAGAGCAAACCCUGAAGCUGCAAACAGAGUAUAUGUAGGCAAUCUUUCAUGGGGUGUUGAUAAUUUUGCUCUUGAAACUCUUUUCAGCGGACAAGGGAAGGUCUUAGAGGCCAGAGUCAUUUAUGAUAGAGAAAGUGGCAGAUCAAGAGGCUUCGGCUUUGUUACUUACAGCUCCGCGGAGGAGGUUGAUAAUGCUAUAACAACACUUAACGGAGCUGACCUGGAUGGAAGAUCUAUUCGAGUUACAGUGGCCGAACCAAGGCCAAGCCGCGAGUUUUGAUUUUGUUUCGAUGUGGUGAAACUGUUUCAUUUCGUUGCUUAUAGCUUCAACUCUGUGGCCUGUGGCGUGCAGUGAUGAACGGUGCAUUGCUUGUUAAUUUCAUUUGGAAGCUUCGCCAAAGAGUAGCUUGUUUUUUGGUCAUUUCGCAUGCUUAUCAUUCAGAAAAGCAGAAAAGUGAAACUUGAAACUAGGCCUAAAUUUGGCUUCCAAAUCUCCUUGUAGCUUCCUUACUUCUUUGGCAUUUUACUGCUUAAGUAAGUUUCGGUAUUACACUUAUUCAAUUUUUAUAAUAUCCAAAUUACCUAUCA